GACUACACGUUGACCAUGUACUUCCAGCAGUAUUGGAGGGACAAGCGGCUGGCCUAUGCUGGGAUCCCCCUCAACCUCACGCUGGACAACCGGGUGGCCGACCAGCUCUGGGUGCCCGACACCUACUUCCUCAAUGACAAGAAGUCGUUUGUUCACGGCGUCACGGUCAAGAACCGCAUGAUCCGUCUCCAUCCGGACGGUACGGUUCUGUACGGACUGAGGAUCACCACCACGGCAGCGUGCAUGAUGGACCUGAGGAGGUACCCCCUGGAUGAGCAGAACUGCACCCUGGAGAUAGAGAGCUAUGGCUACACGACGGACGACAUCGAGUUCUACUGGAAGGGAGGCGACAACGCCGUGACCGGGGUGACGCGGAUCGAACUGCCCCAGUUCUCCAUCGUGGACUACAAGCUGGUGUCCAAAAAUGUGGUCUUCUCUACAGGUGCCUAUCCGCGACUGUCGCUUAGCUUCAAGCUGAAGAGGAACAUCGGCUACUUCAUCCUGCAGACCUACAUGCCCUCCAUCCUGAUCACCAUCCUGUCCUGGGUCUCCUUCUGGAUCAACUACGAUGCCUCCGCUGCCAGGGUGGCAUUAGGCAUCACCACUGUGCUCACCAUGACUACCAUCAACACCCACCUGAGGGAGACCCUUCCCAAGAUCCCCUACGUGAAGGCCAUCGACAUGUACCUGAUGGGCUGCUUCGUGUUCGUCUUCCUGGCCCUGCUGGAGUACGCCUUCGUCAACUACAUCUUCUUCGGACGGGGCCCUCAGAUGCAGAAGAAGCUGGCCGAGAAGGCUGAGAAGGCCAACCACGACCGGGUGAAAUUUGACUGCAACCAGGUGGACUCCCAGGGGAACAUCCUACUGACCACGCUGGAGAUCCGCAACGAGGUCGCGGGGAACGAAGUCCCCACGAUCAGCGUGGGGGAAACGCAGAACUCGUCCGCGUCCAUGAUGUUCGAUCACUCGGGGAUCCAGUUCCGACGGCAGAGCUCCCUCCGGCCGCCCGGGCGCCAGAGCACCGACCGCACGGCCACGCUGAAGAAGAGUCGACUGCGCCGCCGUUCGUCUCAACUGAAAAUCAAAAUCCCCGACCUGACGGACGUGAACGCCAUCGACAGAUGGUCGCGGAUCAUUUUCCCUGCCGCGUUCUCCCUCUUUAACAUGAUCUACUGGCUCUACUACGUGAACUAAAUAACCAAUGGGAUUUUUUUUCCAAACCCAUGCUUGUUU